GUGCCAGGAGACAAUGAGAAGCACUGGAAGCCAGUGCUAGUGGUCUUGACGGAGAAAGAUCUCUUAAUAUAUGAGAGCAUGCCUCGGAUGAAAGAAGCUUGGUUCAGCCCUCUGCAUACGUACCCGCUGCUGGCCACCAGGUUGGUCCAUUCCGGCCCAGGAAAAGGCUCACCACAGUCGGGGGUGGAUUUGUCUUUCGCAACUCGUACUGGUACAAGGCAAGGGAUUGAAACUCACCUGUUCAGGACGGAGACUAGCCGAGACCUCUCACUGUGGACAAGGAACGUAGUGCAGGGCUGCCACAAUUCUGCAGAGCUCAUCACAGAAAUCACCACAUCUUGCACAUAUAAAAGCCAGGAGUGUCGUUUGACCAUCCAUUAUGAGCAUGGAUUCUCUCUUACAACUGAACCGCAAGAUGGUGCCUUCUCUAAGACAAUUGCACAAUAUCCCUACGAAAAACUGAAAAUGUCAUCUGAUGAUGGGAUAAGGAUGCUGUAUUUAGAUUUUGGAGGAAAGGAUGGAGAAAUUCAACUGGACCUCCAUUCCUGUCCAAAACCAAUUGUGUUCAUCAUUCAUUCCUUCCUGUCGGCAAAGAUUACAAGACUUGGCUUGGUGGCAUAAGUGGGAUACAUCUGUUGCUUC